AAACUACCGGAAAAGACAUCACAUAUUCACACGAACUCUUCUAGACUUUUUUGACAUUUUCAUUUCUCUCAUCGUUUUCUUUUUUAUCAUUACUUCUUUGAAUCUUUGGUUAUAACCAUUAAAGAAUUCAACUGGUAUGCGCAUAAAUUUCCGCAUAACUCCAUUAAUAUAAUCAGGAGACCAAUUCACUGGACUCAAAUUUGAUUCGUCUUCUUCUUCUCUCUCUCUCUCCAUUUGUCAAGAAGCUGUUGAAUCAUCGUCCCCCACGAGUUUUGGAAAAAGCUUGCAAGUCAAAUAUCAAUAGCACGACUAGAGAUUAAGGAAACAAAAGCUUGAACCUUUGUAGUCAAAAUCAUCAGGUAUAUAUAUCUUCAAAAAUCUCUCUAUAGUUUCAACAAAACCCUGAUGAUGAUAAAGAAGAAUGAUGAUGAUAAUCAGAUCUUAGCCGUUGGAAAUCCAGAGAUGGGAGACGGAGCUUUAAUCGUAGCGGUGGCUAUCAAAGGGAACAAUAGCAAAACCAAAGGCGUUGUUCGAUGGGCACUUCAAGAAUUUGCUUCUCAAGAACAUGUCGUCUUCAAGCUCUUACAUGUCCAACCAAGAGAUUCGAAUUCGGUUUCAACUACAAGAAAAGAUUUGACCACAAGUGUUUACAAAAAAGAUGUUGAUAGAAAAACCAGAGAGAUGCUUCUUCCAAGCAGAGACAUGUUUGUUCAUAGAGAGGUUCAAUUGGAUAUAAUGGUGCUUGAAUCAGACGAUAUAGCUGAUGCAAUCUCUAAAGCAGUUCAAGAUCAUGGAAUUAGUGAGCUAGUCAUUGGAGCUUCCUCUUCAAUCAUCUUCUCAUGGAAGUUGAAGAGAAGCAACUUGUCUUCAAGAAUUGCAGAUGCUACACCAAGAUUUUGCUCAGUUCAUGUUAUCUCUAAAGGAAAGCUUCUCAAUGUUCGUAAAUCCGAUAUGGACACCGAAACGAGCAUUGCAGACGAUAGAAGCGAAAGCCGGUUCUCUUCAGAUAGCCAUUCAGGAACAGUAAGUUCGACAUCGAGUCAUCAAUUCUCAUCAACACCUUUACUCUUCCAACGAAUCCAAGCCCUAACAACCGUGAACCAGAAGGUUGGAACAAACAUUGGAAAACAGAACAAUGAACCGCAUCAUCAUCAUCAUAACAGAGCUGGGUCUCUAGACGUGGAUGAAUCAAAGUUACUGAACCAGAAGGGCUUUUAUCGAACAAGCAGCUCCGGAAUCGGGUAUGGAGGAAGUGAUAUCAGUAGCUGGAGAAGCUCUCAGAUGGAAGAGGCUUCAAGCUCAAGUACCUACAGUGACCCUACUUCAUCUAGUAGCCAGAUACAUAAAGACUUUGAGUUAGAGAAGCUGAAGAUUGAACUCCGUCACAUUAAAGGAAUGUAUGCAGUUGCUCAAAGCGAAGUCAUCGAUGCUUCUAAAAAGAUGCAAGAUCUGAACCAGCGGCGAUCAGAGGAAGCUACAAGGCUCAAGAACUUAACGAUAAGAGAAGAAGAAGCGGAUGAAGUGGUGGAAAUGGAGAGGGAGAGACAAGAGGAUGCGGAAAACGAAGCUGAGCUCGUGAGAGAAUGCAUUGAGAGAGAAACCGAAGAGAGACUUGAGGCGGAAGCAAGAGCGGAAGAGGUUAGAAAAGAGAAGCAGAGGUUAGAGGAUGCACUUGAAGGUGGACCGCUUCAACGCCAACAAUACAUGAAAUUUGAGUGGGAAGAGAUCGUCGAGGCGACGUCAUCUUUCUCGGAUGAACUUAAGAUCGGAGUCGGUGGUUACGGAAGCGUAUAUAGGUGUAACUUGCAUCACACGACAGUAGCUGUCAAGGUUCUUCAUUCAGACAAAAGUAGUUUAACCAAACAGUUUCACCAAGAGCUUGAGAUUCUUAGCAAGAUUCGUCAUCCACACUUGCUUCUCCUCCUAGGCGCGUGUCCUGAACGCGGAAGCUUAGUUUACGAGUAUAUGCACAACGGAAGCCUUGAGGAAAGACUCAUGAAACGCCGACCAAACGUUGACACACCGCAACCGCCGCCAUUACGGUGGUUCGAGCGGUUCCGAAUCGCUUGGGAGAUCGCUUCAGCACUCUACUUUCUCCACACAAACGAACCAAGACCAAUCGUUCACCGCGAUCUUAAACCAGCCAAUAUCCUCCUAGACCGGAACAAUGUGAGCAAAAUCGGAGACGUAGGCCUUUCCAAAAUGGUUAAUCUUGAUCCUUCUCAUGCCUCAACGGUUUUCAACGAAACCGGUCCAGUUGGAACAUUCUUCUACAUAGAUCCUGAAUACCAAAGAACCGGAGUGGUAACUCCCGAAUCUGAUAUCUACGCGUUUGGAAUCAUACUUCUUCAGCUAGUCACAGCUAGAUCCGCGAUGGGUUUGGCUCAUUCGAUAGAGAAAGCGUUGAGAGAUCAAACCGGGAAAUUUACAGAGAUCUUGGAUAAAACUGCUGGAGAUUGGCCGGUUAAGGAAGCUAAAGAGAUGGUUAUGAUAGGGCUUAGAUGUGCAGAGAUGAGAAAGCGUGAUCGUCCUGAUUUAGGGAAAGAGAUUUUGCCGGUUCUUGAACGGUUAAAGGAAGUUGCGUCUAUCGCAAGGAACAUGUUUGCUGAUAACCUAAUUGAUCAUCACCAUAACGCUCCGACCCAUUUCUACUGUCCAAUAACAAAGGAUGUGAUGGAGAAUCCAUGUGUUGCUUCGGAUGGAUAUACGUAUGAGAAGAGAGCGAUUAAGGAAUGGCUUCAGAAGAAUCAUAAAUCUCCAAUGACGGAUUUGCCCUUUCCUAGUGAUUCUCUUCUUCCUAAUCAUUCUCUUCUUUCUGCAAUCAAGGAGUGGAGAUCACAACUAAUUAAAUAAAUUAAUUAAAGGUUCUUAAAUUUAUACGGCUAAAUUCGUCAAUUAACAUGAAUCGUUGUGGUUUUUGUUUUGUCAUACCAUUCUUGCGCACAAACGUUGAUGAAAUAUUCGAGCUUUUGUGUGUAAAUUUUUUUUACCUUAUUUGUUUGAUUGUAUUAUAGGUUUUGACUGCAUAUUUGCAAGAAGAAUAUAAUAGUGUUGAUUUUUGUUGUGUCGUAUUUUCUUAUAAAAGUAUACAUAUCAAUACUAACGAAAAACAUAU